AUGUUGUUCUACAGUGUGAUUCUUCUACUUGGCGCCAGCAAAGCUGCGGGUCUACCCGCGCAUGCUGCGUCCGCUACCAUUAUCGAGAGGCAGGAUGACCUGCUGGACGAGUACGACUAUAUCAUUGCAGGAGGUGGCACUGCAGGUCUUACAGUGGCAGAUCGUUUGACGGAAAGCGGCAAUUAUACUGUUCUGGUCAUUGAAUACGGGUAUCUGGACUCCUCUGACUCCAUCACGGCGCUGACGACGCCAGAUAUCCGAGGCGCACGCCCGGAUCAAUACUCGGUUGCCACACGUUGGUUCAACGAUACAACUGAGCCACAGGUAAAUCUAGAUGGCCGGAGACAUACCGUCAGGGCGGGCUGCGCAGUCGGCGGCAGCUCCACCAUCAACGGGAUGUUGCUCGACCGGGGCUCCGCAGAAGACUACGACUCCUGGGUGCUGAUCGCCGGCGACUACAAGGCGGACUACGCUGCCGAGUGGGGCUGGGACAACUUUCUACCGGCGUUCAGGAAGAGUGUGACGUUUCACACGCCAACGCUGGAGAUGCAGGAGAAGUUCGGCAUUACGUACGACGUGGAUGCAGCAUACCAGACGGGCGGCACGCCUCCUCGCAUGUUCAAUGCCUUUAAGAAGAUCCCAGGAAUCGCCUCGCCCAAGGAGGCGAACGACGGCAGCAAGUACGGGGUCGUCUGGGCACCCAACUCGAUCGAUCCAGCAACCGAGAGACGGUCCUACUCCAAGACAGGCCACUACGACAGCGGUCCCGCACGACGAGACAACUUCCACCUCCUGCCUGCCUACCGGGUGGUACAGGUCACGGGCAGCCUCUCCGAAGGCGACGGGGCCUGGGUCGCCGACGGGGUGCGCUACAAGCCCCGGGGCAGCUCCAAGGCCGUCUCGGAAGCCAGGGCGCGCAAGGAGGUCAUCGUGUCGGCGGGCACGUUCCACACGCCGCAGAUCGUGGAGCGCAGCGGCAUCGGGCCGGAGAACGUCCUGAGGGCCGCGGGCGUCCCGGUCAACGUGGCCCUGCCGGGGGUGGGCAACAACUUCCAGAGCCACACGAGCUUCGGCGUCGCGUACAGCUUCGGCGUGCCCGUGUUCCCGACGUCGGCCGACCUCACGCGCAACAGCACGUUUGCGGCGGAGGCGCAGAGGGAGUGGGACACGGGGAAGAAGGGGCCCUACACGGCAUAUGUCAACAGCGGGGUGUGGCUGCCGUUCCCCGUCUUCUCGAACAGGACGGAGGAGUUCGUCGCCAAGGUCCAGGCACAGGCCCCCGGCCAGCACCUCCCCGGCGACUGGGACCCGACCCUCGUCGCGGGCUACGCGGUCCAGAAGGAGGUCCUGGUCCAGCAGCUGCGCUCCCUCCGGUCAGCCUGGCUCGAGAACCUCUUCUCGGGCGCGGCGGGCGGCGGCGCGAUCCUGCAGCACACCUUCUCCCGCGGCACGGUGCACAUCUCGCCGCGGGACGACGGCCUCGACACCGACCCCGUCAUCGACUACCGCGCCUUCAGCAACCCCGUCGACGAGGACCUCAACGUCGAGCUGCUGCGGGGCAUGCGCUGGUACAUGGGCCACGAGGCCAUGGUGGCCGCGCUGCAGCCGCGCGAGACGAGCCCCGCCGUCUUUGACGACGCCGGGAUGCGGGCGUGGAUGCGGCGCAACGUCAACCCGGACGUCGCGCACCAGGUCGGCACCGCCUCGCUCGGGCCCAGGGAGCUGGGCGGUGUCGUUGGCCCGGACCUGAGGGUUCAUGGGACCAGGGCGCUCAGCGUGGCGGAUAACUCGAUCGUGCCCAUGGUACCUGGGUCGCAUACCAGUGCGCUGGCGUACGCUGCUGCCGAUCUGAUUCAGCGACGAGCCUAA